ACCCACCACAUACCGGUCUGACAUCGCAGAACAAGUGAACACACACUCGCACAUACACACACACCCAGAGGGACAGGAAGACAGAUAAAGACGAGCAGAAAGUAAAGAUAAGGCGCAGAAAAUAAAAGCGGAAGUUAAUCGGUGCGGCGCGUGCAGGAAUCAUGUCGGUGCUCGCAUUACAAGAGUACGAAUUUGAGAGGCAGUUCAACGAGGACGAAGCCAUCCGAUGGAUGCAGGAGAACUGGAAGAAGUCGUUCCUGUUCUCGGCACUCUACGCAGCAUGUAUCCUCGGCGGCCGGCACGUGAUGAAGCAGAGGGAGAAGUUUGAACUGAGAAAACCGCUGGUGCUCUGGUCCUUAACCCUCGCUGUGUUCAGUAUAUUCGGUGCCUUUCGCACGGGGAGCUACAUGAUGUUCAUCCUGAUGACUAAAGGCCUGAAGCAGAGUGUGUGUGAUCAGAGUUUCUAUAACGGACCCGUCAGCAAGUUCUGGGCGUACGCCUUCGUGCUGAGUAAAGCACCGGAGCUCGGUGACACCUUGUUCAUCGUCCUGCGUAAACAGAAGUUGAUCUUCCUGCACUGGUACCACCACAUCACCGUGCUGCUCUACUCUUGGUACUCGUAUAAAGACAUGGUGGCCGGCGGCGGCUGGUUCAUGACCAUGAACUACCUGGUCCACGCCGUCAUGUACUCCUACUACGCUCUGAAAGCGGCGGGAUUCAGGGUGUCGCGCAAGUUCGCCAUGUUCAUCACGCUCACGCAGAUCACGCAGAUGCUGAUGGGCUGCGUGGUCAAUUAUCUGGUGUACCAGUGGAUGCAGCAGGGCCACGAGUGUCCAUCACACUUCCAGAACAUCAUCUGGUCCUCGCUCAUGUACCUCAGCUACUUCGUGCUCUUCUGCCAGUUCUUCUUCGAGGCGUACAUCAACAAAACCAAAUCCAAGAACAACACCAAGAAGAUCCAGUAAAAAAAAAAAAAGUACCAACAGAUAGAGAAGAGGGGUUGAGGAAGAUAAAAAAAGAGGACCAAUGUGAGGGGUUUACAGAACCUAAGUUGAUCUGAGGUUGAUCUAUGCUUGUGCAUACUGUACUACUAACACAGAUACACCUCCCCUCCACUAGGGGGGGCUCUACUGAGCUGCACUGAAGAAUUACUAUUACUAUAAUGAAGAUAACUGAAAAAAAGUGUCUUUACGUGAUGUUUCCGUGCCCAAUGCUAUUCCCUACAUUAUAUAAAAAAAAGUGUCUAAAUAUAAAUAUAUACGAAGGGAGAUUCAUUUUAAAACGAGAUUAAAGGAGAAUGAGUCGAGGGAACGUUCUAGAUUUACCGUCUGAAUCGUUCGUCUUUGAAGUUAACGUUAAUAGCAUUAAUGUUCCGUUUUAGUUGUUUGUUUGUUUGUUUGUUUGUUUUUUUAAAUUAAUUAGAUGCUUGAGUGACCGUAGCAUAGUUUUGUACAAUAGACGCAUCGACGCCGCAGUGUGUCCGUGUGUGUUUGUAUGUGUUUCGUGUUCGGCAUCGCACGACCAAAAUUCUCUCAGGUUGUCGCGGAGUGUUCCACUCGAUGUGCAUAUCAUUUAGGGGUGAAAAAAAUGUAAAAAUCCUAAAAGAUAAAAGAUUUACGAGUUGAACUCAAAACGUAGACCUGACAUUUCAAUGCCAAUAAACAAAACCAAUGAAAUUGUAAUAAAAAAUAAAUAAAUAAAUAAAAGAUAUUUUGGGUCUGAGUCCUCAUCCAUCAGCCAUCUAAGCCAUUUAUCCGAGCCCUUAUUGCCCUCAGGGGCCAUGACGUAUUACUUCUUGUGGCUGAAGGUCAGUGUCCAUCAUCCUCUGUUCUGAAGCGUGAGUGCAGAAGAUGGCCAAUGCUGUGGACUCGAGUGUGUGUGUGUAAACCUGCACCUUGUCUGUAUUCACUGUAAUAAACCUGUUGUUGAAUGGA